GCAUGCCACAAAGAAAAAGGAGAAAGAAAGAAUCGCAAUAAAAGAAGAAGGCUUUCCGUAGCAGACAACACGCUAGACAAGCAAGCAGUCCUGUGCUUCUGCUCUUGUGACAGAAGCUGCAAUGGCUUCUCCUGCGGGAAGACUCCUGGUGCUGGUGGCUCUCGCGGUGCUCUUUGUUCUCUGUUUUGGUCAAGUCGGUGCAAGAACUGUUCCUGAUGACGAGAAGUUUUUUCAAGAGGACCGUCUUUUCCUGCGCCCUGGUUUUGGAGUUGGCCGCCCUGGGUUUGGCUUUGGCCGGCGUUGCCGGUUCUUGAGGCGCUGCGGCCCAUUCGGGGGUCGCCCUGGCCUUAGAUUUGGAGGUGGUCCUUGGGGUGGAUUCGGCCACCGUGGUGGGCUUGGUGGAGGUGGGCUAGGUGGUAGGUUUGGUGGAGGUGCCGGAGGUGGGCUAGGUGGUAGGUUUGGUGGAGGUGCGGGAGGUGGACUAGGUGGUAGGUUUGGUGGAGGUGCCGGAGGUGGACCAGGUGGUAGGUUUGGUGGAGGUGCCGGAGGCGGUGCAGGUAGUGGGCUUGGUGGUGGUGCCGGAAGCGGCUUGGGUGGUGGCGGUGGUGGGCUCGGAGGUGGACUAGGUGGAGGGUUUGGUGGAGGUGCCGGGGGCGGUACAGGUAGUGGGCUCGGAGGUGGUGCUGGUGGUGGGCUUGGAGGUGGACUAGGUGGUGGAUUUGGAGGAGGCUCUGGAGGCGGUGCAGGUAGUGGGCUUGGUGGAGGUGGCUUCGGUGGUAGCGGUGGUGCUGGUGGUGGGCUCGGAGGUGGAGCAGGUGGCGGAUAUGGAGAAGGAGGCGGCGAAGGUGGUGGUGGUGGUGGAGAAGGAGGUGGUGAAGGUGGGGGUGGUGGAGAAGGAGGUGGCGAAGGUGGUGGUGGAGAGGGUGGGGGUGGUGGAGAAGGAGGUGGCCAAGGUGGGGGUGGUGGAGCAGGCGAAGGUGGUGGUGGACAAGGAGGUGGAGAAGGUGGGGGUGGAGCAGGUGGUUUUGGUGCCAGUGGUGGCGCUGGAAGUGGCAUUGGUGAAGGUGGUGGCGAUGGAGGAGGCGCUGGCGGCGGUGCUGGAGCAGGUAAAGGGCUUGGCGCUGGUGGUGGCGGCGGCCUUGGAGGUGGCAGAGGACGGUAGUUUAAUUACCAAAUAAUUCAAUUACGUUUCCAAGUAAUAUGCCACCAUUUGUUGUAACGUUUUAAAAAUUAUGUUCUCAUUGCAGAUUAAGCGUGUUUUUUCACACAUUAAUAUUGUAUAGUCUGGGGAGUUUUUGUGCUUGGUAAUGCAAUAACGAAUUUCUGUCACUUGUAAGCAAAAGUGAAUACAUUAUGACAUUCCAUGCGAUCA